ACCACUGAUUCACCACACCUCGAGACGUUGUGAGCAUUGCUCUUCGAUGCAGGGAUCCUAGCAAGUAGAUCCUGUGCCGGAGUUAAUGUUCACUUUCAGGGCCCGCUAUCCUGGAGCACGAGCAUCAUGGGCUAUUAGUCCCACCACCAGUCCAGACCACACUUCAUUGCCUACCCUCGUCGCGCAUCGCAUCUCGACAACCGCCGUUUGUGUCAACAUGCCCUCCGCCAGCAAAGGCAAGGGUAAAGGCCGCGAAGCCCGACCCUCCCGAAGCCGCAACACCACCCCCAACUCCAGCUUCAGCGCCGGCCCGACCGCCUCCGCCCCGCUCCACAGCUACCUUGACAACGAUGCCUCCAAGUUGAUCUUGACACCCUCGGCCAUACAGUAUGGAGAACUCCUGGAGCGCAUGGGGGGCGUCGGCCCGAUUCCCGACUCCAAGUCGCUUGAGUUGUUAACAGAACACCUCAAGACCCUCAGCCAGCUAGCCGAAACUCGGAGUGAUGCAUGCAAUGCUGGCAUCCGGGAGCUAUCACAGAAGCGCAAGGAGGUAGUCGAGGAGCCGGAAUCGGCUGAGAGGGAUGGGAGCGACCGCGUGAAGAUGAAGCGUGAAGCUGAUGACGAGGAGGAGGAAAAGGUAUUGAAGGGAGGGAAGUUGAAGAGGCGAAAGGAGCGCGGAAGCAGUUCCAAAGAGGAACGCCCGCUGGCUCACGGCGCCCAUGAUGUCGCGCGUCAGGACGGCGCUGAGACAAAGGUAGAAGGAGCCGCAUCUCCAGCUUCCAAAAAGUCGAAGAACGCACCCUCUGAAGAGGCCUCAUCCCUGUCCCCUCCGUUGCGAACAUCCCCUCGGCCAGCCGCGGCUGAAGCUGCCGAUGAUGCAGGGUCGCCCGAGUCCGAUGAUAGCUCCGAGUCGCACCAGCCUGAACCCGCGCCGGCCGUGCCACAGGUGCAAGUGUUCGGCCCCAACCCACUGAAAUUUGAUGACCCAACCGUGUACCACAUUCGCGAUGUCACCCCGAACAUGACAGAUGAGGAGAAGAAGGUGAUCUACAGUGUCAAUCGCUUCCCUUGGAGUGAUCUGAGUCAUAUGAUGGCGGGAUCCCCUCCGGAUCGGGAUUUCAGCAAUGCAAAACCCACCAACCAAGUCAGCGCCAAUACGUUCCUCGCCUAUGUCGAUCCAUACGUCCGCCCGUUGACUGAGGAGGACAUGGCUUUUCUGAAAGAGAAGGGUGAUCGAGCGACCCCAUUUAUCAUGCCUAGACGUGGAAAGAAGCACUACACCGAGACGUGGGCCGAAGAUGACGGACUCAUGAAUGUUGACCAGACCAACGGUGAUAAAGAGCGUUUGCCUCUUAACCAGGGCCGAGGAAAUAUCGACCAAGUGACCGACGAAACCCUCGAAACCGACAAGAUCUCCGUAGGCCCCGUUGUUAGCCGCCUCUACUCCCUUUUGCGCUACGAACAUCGUGCCCCCCCUGACGAAAGCACCGCCAACGGCUCCGUCAACGGCGAUGUCGCAAAUGGCCCCAUGAACGGCGACUCCAUGGACAUAGACCACCCAGCUGGGGACCCCGAGAGCAAGCCUCUCCCCUCGGCAACCGCAUUCCCUGAUGCCUCCCCCAAUAACUUCAAAGUUCCCGCCGCGAAGCUGGACCACGCGCAGCUAGACGAGCGACUCAAAGCUGAACUCCGCCACGUCGGCUUCCUCGGCGCCGAUGACAACCCUGACUAUGACGCCCAUUACGAUGACGACAUCGCUCAGCGGCUCCGUCUCCUUCAAAGCGAGCUCAAGAAGCAAAUGAUCAUCAACAGCGCCCGCAAAACCCGCCUCCUGGAGAUCGCCCGCGAACGCAUGGCCCAUCAAGAGUACAUGACAAUCCACGACGACCUCGACUCGCAGGUGCAACAAGCUUACUUGAAACGCACUCGCACUCUCGGCAAGAGCAAGAAGGGCUCACAGGCCAAACACCGCCCCGGCGGCGCCGGCGGCGGCAGCCAUGUUGUUAGUGCAGCCGGUGUCGGCCGCCCUGCCAUCGGCGAUGUUGCCCGCACCCUUAUGGACCGCCGCAAGCGGUGGCGGGAUUGCAUCGGCCCCGUCUUCAAAGACUGCAAGACCAGCGUGCCGGGGAAGACCGACACCGUGUUCGACCCAUCCUUAAUGGCCGAAUACGAGAAGGCCGAAGUCGAGGGCUGGGACGAAGAACAAGAGUGAUGAUUCUCAUUCGCCCACUUUAUCCACUUUAAACAGACUCGGUUUUGUUUGGCUUAUGUUGCUUCGCUGUACAUCUUUUUGUUUUGCUGUGCCAUGUUAGCGAUGAUCGGAGUGGGGCCUGUACUGAUACUUUAGAUCAUGAUUCUCAGUUGUGCCGUGUCUCCAUAUUUGGAAUUGAGGGACUUUUGUUUCCGGGUUAUGACCAAGGCGUUGUGGGAGGAAUAUUAUUAUUGAUGGAUGGAUGGAUGGAUGGAUGGCUGAGGCGUUUUGCAGACGUAACGGAUACGUACGAACCUAACACGAUACCUAGAUUCUCACAGAUAGGAUACGAUAGGAUAUGAUAGGUGAGGGAGGGGAGGGUUAUUAAUACUACUCAGCUUUACGAUGC